UGCGACUGAGUCUGCGCACCGGCCUGUCGCGCUAGGAAGAGCUUAUAGUGUGGUGAGGAGGCAUGGUACGGCCUCGGGUUACGGUCGCGCAUCCAAGAAAAAUGGGAAAAGUCACUGUGAGGAACAGUCAAAAUUCAGGACCUCUGUAGGAUGGUUCUUUCUGGCAAAGGUAAUGACAUGUCCAUCUGUCACAGCAUCUCGAGAGUAAGGCUGGUUUCUGGAAAUCUAUUCCGAAUCCAUGGCAGCUAGGAUGGAUGUGACCUUGCCUGUGGUUAGAAAACAAAGAGUUUACUGAGAUCAAAUUCAGGAUCACAUGCUGCCUUUGGUUGACAUAUUCCUUUAGUGUCCUUUAAUCGGGAUUGGUUCCUCCGUCUUUGUCUUUCAUGAAGUCAACAUUUUGAAGAGUACAGCAGAGACCAGUGUCAUUCAAGGACGUGGUAGUGGGCUUCACCCAAGAGGAGUGGCACAGGCUGAACCCGGCUCAGAGGGCCCUGUACCGGGAUGUGAUGCUGGAGACCUACAGCAACCUCGUCUCAGUGGCCUUUAAUGCUGCCUGAGUGGCCCUGAAGACCAAGGAGCUCAGCCCAAGGCCUGGAUCAUUUCCCUGGAACAGGUUAUAAAGGCACCAAACCAUAUGUGAUCCUCAAACUGGAGCAGGAGGAAGCACCAUGGAUUUGUGAGGCGGCAUGCUCAGGCUGCCACUGUCGGGGUAAGUAUGAUAAAUACAGCAGAAGGGGCACGCACUAUGGGAGGCUGGCACCUUUGGAAUUUUGUUCAGGGUCCAGCUCGUAAAAGCCUUCAGCCUUGAUGCAUCCCACCUACCUUAUCCAGGUGUUCUUCCUCCCUCUACAUUAACUAUUACCUCUCCCUGUGUACUUGUUCCAUCUCCCUUUCUCCAGAAUCCUUGGUCUGUCUCUUGAGGUCAUCAUUACACCUUCCCUUUCACAUUCUUACAUUCUUACAAAUAAGCUAUGAUUCUCCUAUUCCCGAUGCUCACUUCCUGUUCUGUGUUCUAAUGGUUUCCAGGUAAAAUGCCUCAGACCUGCCUGCCAUAACCACAGUCUCACUUCCCAUCCUUUCCUUAUCCCUAUGCCCCUUAACUUCCUUAAGUCACAGAGGAAGAAGCAGUGAAUUCCAGGAGGUGACCUAGGACAGCUGGGUGAUGAGGGAGAUGGCUGAGCUUGACCCGUCUUCACUACUUCUCUAACAUUCAGGAAUAACUGCCCCUCUCCCAUCAUCUCUGUAAAAUAUUCCAACAAUACCCAUGGUACCCUGAAUGUUGUAGCCCACUCUUAAGGAUGCCUCGGAACUUCUGUUUUUCCACGAGAGUCAUGAGCUUAGUAAGAGGAGUCAGUACCAUCUGUUCCCAGAUCUCUUUAUGCCACUUCUACUUGGUGUUGUAAUCACAUAAUUAGGUUAAAUAUUAUGUAAACCCCAAAACAUGAAGUCAUUUUCAUGCUUCUCCCCAAAAUGAUGUCAUUGAAAUUCCCAUCAUCCAGCUUUUACUGGUUGUAUUAGUAGUAGUAACAGCAUCAGAAUUAUUGGCCAACUCUUAGUGUGUGCUCACUGUGUGCCAGGGCUGUUUUCAGCCCUUUACAUUUAUCAACUUAUUCAAUCCUUACAACACCUGUGAGGUAUCCAGUCUUUACUACUCCAUUUACAAAUGAGGAAACAAUCACAGAAUAGUUAGGAAACUUGUCUCAAAGCAUAUAGCAAAGGAAAGGACUGAAUGGGGAUUUGAACCCAGGUGGUCAAACUCCAGAACCAAUUAUCUUAACCAUCACAGUCUUGUGCCCUCUGGGGUAUAUUUUGCUUCAUUAAACUGUGCUUUAUCAACCUUCCUGAAACCAUUGUAACCUGGCUGUCACUGCUUUUCUUUACCUUCUUUCAAGAAUUUUAUAUAAUUGCAAAAAAAAAAAAAUGUAGUGUUCUAAAUGUUCUGUAUCCUCUAUUUCCCUGGUUGUAACCCAGCUUUUUCCUUUCAAAGGGCUACUACAUUUUUCAUUUUUCCAAAUUUGGUUCCCUUCUCAAUGGUAUAACUCCCUCAAAGAAGUCAUUCUGAGAUUACAUGGUGUUUACAACUGGUCUCUUUUCCAUUUUGUGUCAUUUUGUCCCCCUUGUACCAUGUAGCCACCCAUUUACCAGUCUAAGAAUCAUCUCCAGUUGUGUCCAUUUACCCCUGCUUUAUGUAUGGCAAAACCUGACGUCAUCCUCAUUCCUACUUGCUAUCUCCUCUCCAACCACACACAAACCACACACACACACACACACACACACACACACACACACACACACACACACCUCAUUUUGUUCCAGAGCUUUGCUACCAUGUGGUCAUUUUGAAUCUUCUGUCUCUGCCACCCUAUUUGUUCUGUCCAUUUGUGCUGGUUUUGUUGAUGGUUUUUCUUUGAGAAAUGACUUAAAUCUUCCUCCUCACUACUUUUCAUUUUCCACUGACAUCUAAAGUUGGACACAAAUUACCUCAUGCCUAAAUGUUUAAAGGCAUCCUUUUUGUGCCUUAGAACUCUAAGAUAUUCUGGUGAAGCCUAGUAGACCCCUUUCUUACAUAUAAAAAAUAAAAUAUAUAAGCUACAAAUGGAAAAAUUACUAAAAUACAGUAAUUAUUAAAAUAAAGUUAGAAAAUGUAACAUCAAAAUAUUUUCAAAAUAUGUGAUAGUAAUGGAAGUACUCCCUUAUUUAUAUAUUAAAUAAUAGGCUCUAGCAUCAGGUCUAGUAACUGUCAUGACCUGAAAGUAGAGAUGAUUGUAAACAUAUUUUAGGAGAAAUCUUCAACUAUAAUGUGACAUGAAAAUGCCAUAUUUACAAACUAUUCCAAAGUUACAGGAACUAAUAUUACUGUUUGUUUCUUGCAUUAACAAUGGAAGGAAAUGCUCAGUUGUAGUUAAAGCUUAGUAAAGAUAGCGAUGUAAUUUUUUCCCUAUCAAAAUUCACAACUCCCCUGAUUUCUAUCCACCAAGAGUACCUGCUCCUUAUCCAGUUAAUCUUAGAGUCCUUGACAUUUAUAUUGCAAUAACUAGCUCAGUUAAUAUGAUAAGCUCUCUGGUGACCGCUAUAUCUUUGCUUGUCAGAAAUCUUAAUAUGAUAAAAAGUGCCUGGGAAACUUGUUAAAAAUGCAAGUUCUGAUUCAGUAGGUCCAGGAUGGGGCCCAGUAUUCUACAAAUCUAUCAGCAUAUCAGUCCUCAGAUGAGGCUGAAGUUGUCCACUGAGAGCAAUGCACUGAGUAACAAGGUGCUGUAUGACAUUUAAACCCCUUUCCUCUGUAACAGUGGAUAGUUUUAUUAGAACAUAGCCACACCCUUAUGUUUACAUGUUGUGUGUAUUGCCAUGAUACCACGGGAAAGUUGAGUAAUUUGGCCAAACCAUAUGGCCCCAAAAGCCUAAAGUACUCUGUGGCCCUUUUAGGAACAUGUUUGCUGAUCACUGUUCUAUAUCAUCACAUCUUCAAAAUUAUUUCUUUCUAUAUUCUAUGUGUUUAUUUCAUUUGUGCCAGUGUUCUGAAUCUUCUCUGCUCAUACUCUUCCCUGCAUGGUGCCUUUGGUUAUGUCAGGCUCUCCAUUCAUAUACUGUCCAUCCUUUAAAUUUUUAGGGCAUUUCUCAAGUAGUUUUAUUUCAAAUCAUAAUAAUAGAAAGAUUCAUACAGAAAGGUUUGCUGUACUUUCUCCAGAAAACAUUUGGCAAGUUAAUGUCCAGAGAAAAAGACAGCAAGACAUGCUUUUGAGGCAAGGUGCAUUCAUCAGCAAGAAAACAAUACCCAAGGAAAGAUGUCAUGAAUAUAAUAAGUUUGGGAAAAUAUCACAUUUGAGCACUGAUCUUUUUCCUUCAAUUCAGAACCCCAUUAACUGUGGAAAGAGUAUAAAGCAUAAUUUAGACUUGAUUGGUAUUAAAAGAAGCUAUUCAAUAAAGCAAGAUGAGUGCUAUGCAUGCGGUAACUUGUUACAGCAUACAAACCAUGAUAGAAGACCUAAUGGAGACAAACCCUGGGAAUGUAGACACUGUGAGAAAGCUUUCAGUCGUAACCCAGCACUUAUGUCUAAACCAGCAGUAACCAAUUCUCUUGUGUACAAACGUAAGAGGGUUCCACCUACAGAGAAACCUCAUGUCUGUAGUGAGUGUGGAAAAGCCUUCUGCUACAAGUCUGAAUUCAUUAGGCAUCAGAGAAGUCACACUGGGGAGAAACCAUAUGGAUGCUCUGACUGUGGGAAAGCAUUUUCACAUAAGUCAACCCUCAUUAAACACCAGAGAAUUCACACUGGGGUAAGACCCUUUGAAUGUUUUUUUUGUGGGAAAGCCUUCACCCAGAAGUCACAUCGCAGAGAACACCAGAGAACACAUACAGGAGAGCGACCCUUUGUCUGCAGUGACUGUGGGAAGUCAUUUGGUGAGAAAUCAUACCUCAAUGUGCAUCAAAAAAUACAUACAGGAGAAAGACCCUAUCGUUGCAGAGAAUGUGGAAAGUCCUUCAGCCAAAAGUCAUGCCUCAAUAAACAUUGGAGAACUCAUACAGGAGAAAAACCCUAUGGAUGCAGUGAAUGUGGCAAAGCUUUCUAUCAGAAGCCAAACCUCAGUAGACAUCAGAAAAUUCAUGCUAGGAAAAAUGCCUAUAGGAAUGAAAACCUGAUUGUGGGAAAGCCUUGAAUAAGAUCAUCCUAUUUCAUUAUAUGUGGAGGAAUUUAUCCUUAGCAGAAAUCUCACUGAUUAAAUGAAUUUGGACGGUGUUUUACCAUAAGGGAUGUCAUACUCUAAUUGUGGUAGAAAGUUUUACACAAAAGGUUAUAGAAAAUACUCUAUAAAACAAAAACAUGGUCAUGCUAGCUAAUGAAAACUUAAAAAUGUAUUAAACGGAAUCACAACAUGACACAAAAUAUAUGUGAAGAAAAUUAGAGGUAUAUGUUUCACACUGAGCCAUGUAAUAACUACUAUAGAUAUUUUGGAAUUGUAAAUGUGAAAGACAUAUGUCACAUAGUAUGUAGAAUGCCAUUCACCAAACUUUCCAUUCUAAAUAUCAUUAUUGUCUUUGGUGUCUCUAACAAUACAAAAAACAAAAAUAACAUGGCCAACUAUUUUUUAAGAAACCUUAAUAUAUUAUACCAGCCAAAUUUUCCCAUUUUUUUUUUACAAUACAUGUAAAUGGCUAUAAUAUUUGUUACUGGGCCCCCUUCUGAAUAAAAGGCAAUGUUUUAUAAUGUAUUUUCUUAAGUUAACCAAAAACUUUAUUAAACACUUUUAACAUUAAAAAGGCACUUAUCUUGCCUUCAUUAUUUUAAUAUAUAAGUAAUAAAUAUAUUAUUAGGUAAGCACACAAUACAUUUAUUUUGCCUUUAUCAAUACUGAAAAGGAAUAGUUUCACUGUGUGCCAUCUGUUGAACAAAAUACUAUAAACUUGAUUACUCAGCACACUCAUUUGACAGAAAGUGUGGCCCUGGCAUGUUGUACACUAUUCCUAUUUUCUUAGCCUUGCUCAAGUGUCUUUCAGCAGAUUAGUAGGGGAGACAUUCUAGCUUUUCAUCAUUCCAGUCUUUGAGAAAAGUACUUCCUUGAGCUGUCAUGUCAUCUGUAUAAGAAAACAAAUGGCCACAUUGUUCAAGAUUUGACUCCCUGAAAGUAUGCCUGAUCCAGAAUGAGAGGGGAAAUGUAUCACAGAUAAAUAUAUCAUUUAAAAAAUUAUAAAAGAUACUUCAUGCAACUCUAGAUCAACAUUAUUAAAACAGAGGACAUAGAUGCUUUUCUAGCAAAAUAAUGUUAUGCAAGUUGCAGUAAGUAGAAAACUUGAUAUAACAAGUACAAGUGAACAAUUUGUAAAAGUGAUUAAUGACCUAUGAUUGAAAAUUGCUCUAGGCCCAGAUGAUUUCAUGAUUAGUUCUAACUUUUAAAGAAAGAGUAAUACUAGUAUUAUUUAAAAUAUUUCAGCCCAUAUAUUAUGCUCCCCAAUUUAUUUUAUGAAGUCAGAAUAAGUUUAACACCAAAAUCAAAUAAAGGUAGUUGGGAAAAAGAAAACUCAAGACCAGUCUUACAAAUAUGGAAACAAAAACUACAAAAAUAAUAACAAAUAGAAUUCAGCAAUAUACCUAAAGAAUGGUUUUAUGAUGACCAUGAUCUACUCCAAGAAUGCAGAGCCAAUACAGUAAUAGAAAAUAUAUCAAUAAAAUUAAUGGCUUGAAUGAACAUACUACUAAUAGAUGUAUUUACUAGAAUUUGCAAACAUUUUUAAUCUAAUAAAAUAUAAAUUAAGUUGUAACAAAUUGUAACCACUUGAGUUCUUUACCAAAACCCCAUAGCAUAUAUUAUUGCUGAAACCAUUUUUUAAAAAUAAAGAAUUUAAUAAUAUUAGUGAUAAGAAUGCCCUUUUCCUAUUUUUACUGAAUAUUGAAGUUUCCAGUGAAGGCAAUUAAAUUUAAAUAAUAUAAACAAUGGAAAAGAAAAGAUAAAACUUUUUGCUGAUGAUGUGAUUACAUACCAAUAAAGUGACUAAUAUUUUUUUAAAGAUAAUUUUCUAAGAGGUAGGAUAGAAAAAUCAAGCAUUUCUUUGUAGAUAUCUAAUAAUUUAGACACACUUCUGUUGGAAUUACACUAAAUCUCAAAUCUUUUUUUCUUCUCAUGUGAAAUGAUCUUAAAUUCCAUGUAGAAAAGUAAAUGCCUGAGAAUCCGAUAAGAAAAGUAUAAAAAAAGUUUCAUAGCUGAUGUCAGAAUAUAACAAUAGUUAUUCUAAUCAAAUUAAUACAGUAUUGGCAACAGAAGAGAUAAUUAAAUCAGUGGAACAUAAUAGAAAAUCCUGAAAAAUAUACCUUAGUAUAUAUGAGCUUUUCACGGAUUGGAAAUGUGGAAUUUCAAGCCAUAGGGAAAAAGAAUAGUUUAUUUUAAAAGAAUUGUGGCUUUUAAUCAGGGAGAAGGUAAAGUUGAACUAACAAUGCAAAUGGUAUAUAUUUUUUAAUUCCAGGUGAAUUUAAGAUUUAAAAUUUUUAAAUAAUAAAAUUCUUGAAAGAAAAAGACCACAUGUACAACCUAGAAGCUGGGAGAGAUUACUAACACAGGACACUCAAAAGCUAUUAAGAAACAAAUGUUUGAUUAUAUAAACAGUAUAACCUUUGGCAUGGUAAAAGUUGCCAUUAAAGUCAAUAAAUAAACAAUAAUUUGGGUAACACAUCUGCAGAGCCAAUCAAACAAAGAGUGCUCUUCAAAUUAACAGGGAAAAGGUAGCCCAAGAGGAAAACAUGAUAAAGAAUGUUAAUAGGCAGUGUGACAAGAGCAAAUCAAGUGGGCUGAUGAGCCUAUCAAGACAUAGUUAGCUUCAGUAGUUGUGGAAGGACACAGAUAAAUUAUAAUGAGAUAACAAUGUGCAAUCAAACUGACCAGCAGGACUGGUUUUUGCUGUCAGAACAAAGGGUGGGAACAAAUUGUUACAGCUCUUUUAGAAAAAUCUGGCAACAUCUAUUGUGACUUAAAAUUCUUAUGCCACUUUGGAUACUUCUUAGAAGUAAAACUCUAAUACAUAAACGAGAGAUGAACCUGGAAAUUAUUAUAAAAUUAUUCCUAGUGGCAAAAAACACUAGAAUUGAAAUAAAUGCUCUUUAUUAGGGAAAUUGGAAGAAAGAAAGCAUAUCCAUUCCAUAAAAUGUAUUUAUAGCCAUUAAGAUGGACAAAUAAAUCCACGCUGGUGGACUUGAAUGGAAUCCCACAAUGUUAUCUUGAGCAAAGAAGGCAAGGUAAAAGUAAUGUGUAAAAUAUGACCCCGUUUUUAUCAAUCAGUGACAAAAUGCCUCUAGGUCUUUAUGAAUGAUAAACUUGUGUUCAUAUAUGUUUGUGUACAAUUUUCUAUGCAUGGAGAAAACUAUAGAAGAGUAUGCAUUGGGUUGGGAGGGGAGUGGGAGAUGCAGGUGGGCUAUGGGGCAUUGGAGAGGGAAAAUGAAAACCAAAAAGCAAAAACAUGUACAUGACUGAACCAAGUAUGAUAUCUCAAAUGUGUGAUUAAUUAAAGAAAUGUAAGGGGCAAGCUAGAACUCUACUCAUUUGUGGAGAUGUUCAUGGUAUAUUGUUAAGUGCAAAGAGCAAAUUGCAGAAUUAUGUAUAUGAACCUAUUUUUUAAAAUAAAUGUGUAUUUAUGUGUAUAUAUGCAUGUAUAUGUUUAUAUGAACAAAGGAAACUGGAAAGAUAUACAAGGUGUUAAUUAACAUUGGUUAUCUUGGUGAGGAAGGGAAAUAUAAGUGUUUAUAUAUCUUUGUGUGGGUUUACUUGUUACAACAUAUUACUUUUGUAAUUUGAAAAAAUAAAUGGGGAAAAGUUUCCAAAUGCA